UAAACAACAUUGUUACAUCCGCUGGUACAUAGACUUCACAGCCACUGUACAAACUUCUGCGUUUUCUACUGCAGUUCACUUACUUUCUCUAUACUUUUUUUCCCAACCAAAGCCAAGGUUCAGAAAAUAUCUCAAUUCGAGCUAGAAAAAUCAUGAGUGGCCGUCUAGUUGACAUUCAUCCCCGUGAACUCAAUUUCAUAUGUAAGUGAAAUUGUGCAGCGAUGCUGCUUGGAUUGAUUUGGAUAAGUGUAUCAUUGUAUGGUUUUUGGCCUUCGGUUAUGUUAAUGAAUGCAUCAUGUUGCAUCCGAAUCUAGGUGUAUGCCAUACAUUUAAUGAUAUCACUAUAGUUUCAUUGAUUAGUAUUCUAUUUGAAAACAAGAAGCUCCUUUUAAGUUGUCUCAGUAUUGUAGCUGCGUUGUCUUCAAUAGAUUUAAACCAUGUUAGGUCGCAUAAGUAGAAUCUUCUGAAUGGAAAUUAUAGAGCAUUUGCAUUGGGAUUCAAACAGAAAUUUUUUUAACUCCAAAUACAAUUCCCAAUUCCAUGCAGUAAGCUUGGCAUCCUGGAAUUCAAGAGUACUAGGAUAGUAUCAUUUUACGUCAAUAAAUACUUGGGAAUGAUCAUAAAAUGCAUGCCUUCUGAUGACAGCUACUGAGUGUCAUGGCUCAGGACUCUUGUCAUUGCAUGCCUCCCAAAGUUCUAACUGGUCUGGUCAUACGAGGUCUAUAAAUUGAUCCCAAGUGGAAACUUUGUGGAGGUGAAUUUAUAUAGUUAUUUUAGCUGUAGUAGGAUAUAUGACAGAAUCAUGAUCUUUUGUGGGAGACGUACAUAAGUUUAAUUUUGAAGCACCGUCUAGAGGAAUAUGGCCUUUUAAUACAUUUCACAAGUUUCUUUUAGGGUUGCAUUUUUCGCCUCCUACUUGCUCUUCUGCGCAUGAAAUAUGCAAUAAUUUCCCACACCCUUUUUUACCUUACCUUUCUAAACGUAAUAAAUGCACAUAGUAGCUAUCUAACUGUGCUAUUUUGAGAAAGAAUCCUGGUUCUUUUCUCAAAUUAUGGUUCUGUCCUUAGUGAGAUAAUGAAAAAGAUCUCUCGCUGAUUAUGAGAUUAUUGCAUCUGUAAUUCUGUUGAUCGGGUUUUUGCAGUCCAUAUCACAUAUUCUUUAUCUUUCUUCUUUUUGUUCGAGGAACCAGGGAAUGGCUUUAUUAUCUACUUUUGCUUCCUCUCUUCAUCAAUUUCAUCACGUAUUCACACUGUUUAAAUGAUUAAUAAAUGUAAUAUGUAUGUAAAAUAUAUGUGCUGUUUAAAUGAUUUAUCAUUGUAAUAUCUAUAUAAUUUAUAUCUGCAAUAGCUCAAGUCUCACAUUCCCUUCUCCUUCUUUAGUUGAGGUGAAGAAACAGAGUACAUGCUCUGUUCACCUUACCAAUCUCAGUGAUCAAUACGUAGCUUUCAAGGUGAAGACUACGUCACCCAAGAAGUAUUGUGUGCGCCCUAAUGUAGGCUUAAUCAAGCCAAAUUCAACAUGUGAUUUUAUAGUCACCAUGCAAGCACAAAAAUCUGCUCCUGAUGAUAUGCAAUGCAAGGAUAAAUUCCUGAUUCAGCAUACAAUUGUUCCGUAUGGCACAGCAGAAGAGGAGAUUACGUCUGGCAUGUUUGUAAAAGAUGGUGAUAAAUAUAUUGAAGAGACCAAGCUUAGGGUUGUUCUUACUAGCCCACCCCAUUCUCCCAUGUUGCUGCCUGUUGAUGGAAUUUUGAAGCAUGAACAACCAUCUAUUGACACUUCAGUACCGAAAGACAAAUUGCAGAGUAGAGCUGAAAAUUUACCCUCUUCACAGACGCUUGUUAAGAACAUUAAGGAUGCCAAGAUUAUUUCACACACAGAAGAUCAUAUAUUGCCCAAUGUUGUGGAAGAUGUGAAGUCUGUCCCUGCUAGGAAAGAUAAGCUUAAACCUGACAAGGACAAAGAUUUUAAGCCAGACACUUACGAUGAAUCAAGACAAGUGAAGGAUGUGGAAGAAACAAAGUUGAAAUUCACAAAUGAUAUUGAGGAGCUGAAAUCAAAAAUGACUGCCUUGGAUUCAAAACUUAUUGAGGCCCAAGAUACCAUCUCGAAGCUAAAAGAAGAAAGGAGCAGCACCAUUCAUGAGAAGGAAAUAUUAAAGCAAGAGUUGGUAACGUUGAGGAGAAAGACUGGUACAAGAAAAGUUCAAGUUGGUUUUCCCCCCUUGUUCGUUUGCAUGGUCGCGCUUAUUAGUCUGAUUGUUGGAUUCUUAUUGCGUGCAUAGUACAAGAGUUUAUGCAGUUGUUGCUGUAACUAUUUAGAAAUGCUCGUGUAGUGAUAUUAGCAUACUAAUGGGUGGAUCACCAUGCCCUUCUUUCGUACUGCGAUCUUCAAUGAUAGAAAUCUUCAACAUAAAUGUAAAGAGAACUAGUUCGUUGAAUAAAGCAAGAAUGUAAGGCCCCAUUUGGUUUGCGUUUCGAUUUA